AUGCCCUGACCACACCCCUAUCUCCCAUCCAUCUCUCUCCUCUCCAAACCCCUCUCUGACCAGACCAACCUUUGCUCUCGCUCUCUUGCAUAAUCGCCGCCCCCAUAGCGAUUCUGAUGCUUCUGCUCGUAACGCUUAAUCCACACUGAUUCUCCACAGCUAGGACCAGCCCUACUUUCCUCAUCGUUCUCCUGAUCAAGAAGGCCAUCCAAAACGAUGUCAGGUGGCGUCGGUCCCAUCAACGACAUCGGCCUCCCCAAAGACGACCAGCCACACCCCUCCCCACCGCCCGCCUCCACCGCGGCCGCCAACGCCAAGAGGGCCUUCCUCAGCUUCCGGCAGCUCAACUUCCUCGCCAUCGUCGUCGUCCUCGCCGCCAGCGGCCUGGUGUACUACCAGGACCUGGCCUUCCUCGUCCUCUCCUUCGUCUACAUCCACGUCCUCUCCGUCGUCGCCUUCCCCUCCCUCGGCCCCGCCCGGGAGCCCACCGUGUUCGGACCCCGGAACCGGGUCCUCCGCCUCUACGUCUCCUUCGCCGCCGUCGUCGGCCUCUUCCUCCCCAUCGCCUACAUCUUCGAGGGCAUCUACGAGGGCGACAAGGAGGGCAUCGCCGCCGCCGCUCCCCACUUGUUUCUCCUCGCGGGCCAGGUGUUCAUGGAGGGCGUGGCGGUCUAUGGUCGGUUCUCGACGCCCAUCCGGGUCUUCGUGCCGGUGUCGUACAACGCGAAGAGGAUCUUCACGCUGAUGGAAUGGUUGGAGAGCGAGUUCCGGAGGGAGGGUCACGGCGGCGGCGGGUGGGCGGCGAGGAGGGUAUACGCGGGGAGGAUUCUGGCGGCGGCGAACAUGGCGUUGUGGUGCUUCAAUCUGUUCGCCUUCUUGUUGCCGGUGUACAUGCCCAAGGCCUUCAAGAAGUACUAUGCUGCGUAUUACAAUGUCAAGGAUGUUUAAAUUGAAUCUAUAUUGCACAAGCUCUCUACGGUUUUUCUCAGAUCAUGGAACGUGGGUUUUGUAUAAAUAAGGAAGAAGAAAUAUGUGACUGAAUUGCUCGAGCUGCCUGUGCCUUAAGAAUUUUCGUUAAUCAAGACUUCCGGUUGAUAUUU